AUGUUCAAACGCUCCUUCAUAUCCAAGGACCGGGCGGGAAAGACCGUCAGGGUUGCUAAGAAGAAGUACGACGAUCUGGUCAAGCUCCAGAUGAAGCAGAAAGCGGAGAGCCCAUCGAUUGCAAGCCCUCUGACUAGUCCCAUCAUAUCCAUGAUCGUGGGCCGAGACCAGAGUGUGUUCGCCGCGCAUGAAGAUAUCCUUUCUGCGUCGCCGUAUUUCCGUGCCGCUAUCAAGGAGCAAUCCCAAGAGAAUGGCGAUAAGCAACUGACGUUGCCUGAAGAAGAACCCGAGAUCCUGUCGUGCGUUCUCGAGUUCCUAUACAAGGGGGAAUAUUUCCCUCGAUUGCUGCUCGGGAAGCAUCGACAUUCAGCAUCUCUCGAGGACGCCCAGGAUCCCACGCAAACUGGUGGUCGCGGAUCCAGUGAAGCAACAAUCUUUCAUCCCGAAGUUGGAGACCUUGUUCUUCGGGAUACUGUGAUCUACUGCGCUGCCGAGAAAUACGGCCUGGAAGACCUGAAGCAACUUGCUCUGCGGAAGCAGGGGUUGCAAAGCGGUAUUCCGGCCGAUGUGAUCUUGCGAUCUGCUCGAUAUGCGUACGAUCAUACCCCUGACACUGACUCUCGACUGCGUGCCCAUUAUCUGGCGGUGAUCAUCCGAAGCCGGAAGAUCUUCAAACAGAGUGGGACAUUGCAGAUGGAGAUGGAAGAAGGGGGGAAGUUGUUCUUCGACUUGUUCGUGGCAAUGUGUAACCACAUAGAUGACAUCUCCGAGCGGUAUGUUCAAUUCUUGACUCCGAAAUUCAGAAGAUGUCUUUGCUCAUGUCAACUAGUACAACACGAUCGCCGAAGUUCUUCUAGGUGGGAUCUGAUUUACUGGCCCCAACUGAGGUCAUGA